AUGAGGUCUGACCAGCGCCAAUUGUUAGACACCGUGGAUGAGGCCUUGAAGAGGGUGCUCGCUGGAGGCUUCUCCUUCAUCAGCUUCAGCAAUUACGUAAAAGUUGCCGUUGCCUCUAACUACGCUGACGCUCUCGGUAACUCUCCUUUUCACCUGAGUCGCGAAGAAGUUCCUGUGAUGGCCGUCUUUGGUUGGCCUGUCAGGUCAGGAGCCCCAUUUCAAUAUCGUUUCCGGGAUGUAAUGAAUCGCCUUGAAGACGCCGGCAUUACGCCACACUGGAAGGAUGAGGUUAUUGCUCUUCGUGUCAAACAGAACAGGGCCGACGCCUCAAAGGGUCAGGAUGGAAAUUCACCGUACGAAGCUGCAUCGUUCAAACAAUUGGAAGCGUCGCAAGACCUCGUGUUGGGUAUCAUGCACCUGCAGGGAGCCUUCUACGUGCUUCUCUUCGGGUCAGGAAUAGCUUUCUUGACUCUACUUGGAGAAAGACAUUACAGAACACGUUAA